CUUCUCAAUAAAUGUAAGAGAAUUAUGAAGUAUAUUGUAACGUAACAGUAUCGCAUCAUACCAUAUCAAGUCUAGUCGUAUUUAGUAAGUCUUGGCAUUGAUCGGCUUUCACGCCUUAAUACUUGCAAAAUCCCGUCGAGCUGCCCAGAAGCAACGAGCUUCCCCAACUGCUCGCCAUUCUCUAUAUCUCGAUCUUUCAAGCACUCAGAAUACCCCAUUGACGCGAACGAAACACACCUUUAUCGCGCCAUGGCCGACGCAGAGACCGGUGGAGCUUCAGUGUCGGAACCGCUCGACCUUGUGCGGUUGUCGCUGAACGAGAUAGUGUUCGUCAAAUUACGCGGUGAUCGUGAAUUAAAAGGCCGACUUCAUGCAUAUGACAGUCAUUGCAACUUGGUUCUAGGCGACGUUGAGGAAACAGUCUAUGUAGUUGAGGAGGAUGAAAACGAGGAAGAGACAGUCAAGACCCUGAGGAAACAGGAAGAGAUGCUUUUCGUCCGAGGCGACUCCGUCGUCCUCAUUUCGCCGCAGGCAUCGUGAUUGCAAUAUAAUACAGCCAUGGCAGAUAAUCUAGCUCUUGAAUUCAAAAAGUGUUCGCAACCGUUGCGAGGAGGGAACAUCGCCCUUGAUUUUGUAUGAUCCAAGGUCUACAAGCAGCAGUACCAAGUGAGGGAACCGGAUUCCACCAUCUGAAUCGUUCUGGAGGUCACUGGAAACGUACUUGACUUACAAGGUUGGCCAAUAGGCUAGCGUGAGCUGUGAAUAAUAUGCAUAAGAGUCAUACAUGGGAAUAUGACCGAAAAAGCAAGUAGCUACAUUGUAGACAACAAAAAUGAGUCAUCUAUCAA